UGGUAUGAGUGCGUUCGCGACAUCAUCAUCCAUCUCGAGCGGCUAGCAUGCGUGUUUUUCCGUCGUGUGCCGAGUUUUGUCUUAAAUUCUAUCCAAAAAACAUCUAUUCGACGCAUUGCAUCGUGUGCUAAACAAUGUGAAUACUGUGAGGAACAAUAUUUGCUACGAGUGAACAUUAGCCAGCAUCAAAUUUGUGUAGUGAAGCACAUUUAUAAUUGAGCGUCAACGAAACGCCGGAUCCAAGUGAACACCAGGAGGUGACCCUGCUGCUGUUGCUGCUGCUAGAGGUUGCCUUUGCGAGACAUACGACCACGAGCCAAACUCAUCAAGCGUGUUGAUAUUGCUUGCGAACGUCGUUGCGAACUAAGCUGCGUCGAUGUGGUGAUCAUUCUCGAGUGUGUGUACAUCAAUUAUUUUAUUUACGAACGUUCUUUGCAUGCAAAUGCUUCCGAUAAAAACGCAAGCUAGAUAAACUGUGAAGGGGCUGCUUCCCGUACAAUAUACUCUGUUCGUCAACGUUCGUCCUAAUAAGGUUCGCAUUAUAGUGCUACAAACUGGUCCUUCGUUUCCUUACUUAGCAAACCUACCCGGGACGUGUGUGCAUUUGUGUGUUGGGGUUGUUCAAAAGGCUGAAAGAUCAAACGUACAUUUUGAUCAGUGAGGCACUCUCAAGGAGAAAUGUGUUAAUCCAUCAUACGGAUAGAAACAUUUUUUUCUUCAAGUCUAAGACUAACGAAUCGAUUGAAAGUGUUUUAAGGAAGUACUGCAACUAACGAAUAUAAAACAACCAGAAUCGAUAAAAAUGAAUCUGCACCAAGCUCAGCAAUCCACUGUUCUACUCUGUGCAAUGACCCUGCUUCUCUGCACGCUUGGUGGUAUUAGCGCCGCCAGUGGAGGGCUUGUUGGAGGAGGCGGUGUCGGUGGCGGCAGUGGUGGAAGUGGUGGGGCUCGAGGAUCGGGUAUGUACAACUAUGGCACCUACGGCGGUAUGGGAGGAACGGGUAGCGUCAGCGGUCUCGGGAUGCGUCGAGGAGCCGGCGUGUACGGCCCGGCUGGCCUUGGAAACCCACACGAGACGCCGCGAUAUCUUCAUCCUGGCCAGGGCGGAACGUCUGCUACGAAGAGUCCCAUUUCAGCUAAAUCUAGCAACCAUCGUCUAUCGGCCUGGGGAAUCAUUACGAUCGUUACGUUUGUCAUUCUGAUCGGAGCCGGCGCGUACUGGGGCUUUAUCUGCUACCCAUUCUUCUGCAAGAAGGAGCGCAACUACAACAUGAUGAUGAACAUGUCGUCGGCCACCACCGCCACACCGUCGACGCGAUCGACCGAGUUUGAAAAGCUCGAUCACUGCUGCUCCAAAUCAACUACCUCUACCCGGAGCAACGACACGGGCAUUAGCAACAUCUAAUGCUUCAUCCAACACGAUCGCCAUCAUUCCCGCACACAACAACUGCUAUUGCGGAAGCUAAAUUAAAGAAAACGCAGUAUACUCUUAUGUUUAGGCCAUUACACAACGCAAAGACGGGAUAGCUACAUUUGAUCGAAUGGGAAAAUCUUUUUAUACUUCUUCUAACUGCCACUUCUUAUCAAUUAGGGCAUGAAACAACAUACGAGUGUAUUAAAAAAACGGAACAUUUCUUACAACUUCCCAAACAAAUAUUUCCAAACUUCAAAAGCAAUUCUUUUGAGUGACUGAUUUAUACGUCUCUAGAAUUUUUACUUUCUCUUAUUGACAGAUUAGUGAUGCAUUUAUCUACUUAGCUAUAACGAUAUCGAAACAUACACCUUUUACUACUAAAGUGAUAGCAGCUUGCGUGACGGUAAAGUAGUACAUUGAAAAUAUUAGCCGAAUAGAUAGACAAGUAUUGAAUGUGACAACAUUGUAAUAAGAAUAUGCAAUAAAUGUUUAAACAAACUA